UCAAAUUUAAAUACAUAAAUCUGGCCAAUCCAAUGAUGGCUGGGAGGAGUCAUGGAAGUACUUCUAGUCAAGUUAGUUCGGCUUCGCAGACAGUGACAAAACAGUUGCGUUUUCUUCCUCAUUCAGUCGUUUACAACUUGUCUUGUUGAGAACAGAUCAAUUGCAGCCAUGACAAAGGACCCAAAUAAGCCAAGAGGAAAAACCUCCUCCUAUGCUUUCUUUGUUGCGACCUGCCGUGAAGAGCACAAAAAGAAACACCCAGGGACCAGUGUAAGCUUUGCAGAGUUUUCCAAGAAAUGCUCUGAGAGAUGGAGGACCAUGUCAGCCAAGGAGAAGGUGAAGUUCGAGGAGAUGGCUAAGAACGACAAGGUCCGUUAUGACAGAGAGAUGAAAACGUAUGUCCCUCCUAAAGGUACUGCGAAGGGCAAAAAGAAGAAGGACCCCAAUGCACCCAAAAGGGCGCCUUCUGCGUUCUUCGUGUUCUGCUCUGAUCACCGUCCCAGGAUCAAGGAAGAGAAUCCUGGUAUCUCCAUUGGUGACAUUGCCAAGAAGCUUGGCGAGUUGUGGUCUACACAGAGUCCCAAAGACAAGGCUCCCUAUGAGGCCAAGGCUGCCAAACUGAAGGAAAAAUAUGAGAAGGAUGUUGCUGCCUAUCGAGCCAGAUGUGGUUCAGGUAAGAGUGAUACUGGUAAGAAGGGUGGCCCAGGCAGGCCCGCUGCCAAGAAAGCAGAACCAGUUGACGAUGAUGAUGAUGAUGAAGAGGAUGAGGAUGAUGAGGAAGAGGAUGACGAAGAUGAUGAGGAUGACGAUUAAGCGGUUUAUAUGUUAAAGGAUGUGAAUUUUGCGAUGCAUUGUUCAGCUUAACUCCUGUUCGUUUUAUUUUUAUUUUUUUGUGUGUGUGUGGGUGAUUACAACAGUAUAGCCUGCUGUCCCUGUUGGUCUGCCUCCUGUAGGAUACCAGACCUGUGUUCCUUUUUUCAAAUUCAGGGAUUUAGUUUUUAUUUUGUCACUUAGUCCCCUUAUGAUUAUUAUUAUUUUUUUUUAAGAAACUGUUUUUUCUGCUGAAUUUGGGUUUGUUACAUCUUAGAACCUUGUUUAUGUAAAUUGGCAACCAGAUAUGAAUUUCCUGUGAUAAUACAAUGGACUGAAACUCCUGUACAGGCAGUGGACAGCAGCAAAUCAGUAACGUUUUUUUUGUUUUGUUUUGUUUUUUUUUAAUAAAAUAAAAAUGUAUUGUUUCUGGAGGCACUGCUUAUGUUUUCGGUUUAGUGGUGCUGUUUCUUCACUGUCAUUUUACUACCAGGGGUUAUCUGUAGUUUGAUUAAAAAUGUUUGCAGCCAUUUUUAAUGUGGAACUUUGAAAACUUUCAUGUAGAACGAUUUUUCUUUUUGUAAUAAAAUUUUGUAUAUUGA